AUGGCCCAGCGAGAGUCAAUAGUGUCGGACAGCUCCAUCACUUCGACGCAAGACCGAGAAGCCACAAAGUUCACUACCUACAGGACUAAGGACCCGCUGAGCACCCCUGCAUCAUCGGAGAGCACAAUCACUCUGAUGCAAGACCGAGAAGUCGCCGCGUGCACUAACUACAGGGCCAAUGGCCCAGCGAGAGUCCGAAUAGUGUCGGACAGCUCCAUCACUUCGACGCAAGACCGAGAAGAAGCCACAACGUACACUACCUAUAGGACUAAUGGCCCGGUGAGCACCCCUGCAGCAUCGGAGAGCACCAUCACUCUGAUGCAAGACCGAGAAGCCGCCGCGUGCACUAACUACAGGGUCAAUGGCCCAGUGAGAGUACACAUAGUGUCGGACAGGUCCAUCACUUCGACGCAAGACCGAGAAGCUGCCGCGUGCACUAACUACAGGGCCAAUGGCCCAGCGAGAGUCCACAUAGUGUCGGACAGCUCCAUCGCUUGGACGCAAGACCGAGAAGCCACAAGGUACACUACCUAUAGGAGUAAUGGCCCGGUGAGCACCCCUGCAACAUCGGAGAACACCAUCACUCUGGUGCAAGACCGAGAAGCCACCACAUGCACUUUUUAUAAGACUGAUAGCCUGACCGGAGGCCCCACAGUGUCGUGGAGCACCAUUACUUCGAUGCAAGACCUAGAAGCCGCCACGGGCACUUUAUAUAGGACCAAUGGCCCGCGCCACCAGCCCAUUGAUGGAAGGGUACCAAAGGCCCCAUACUACCUUGCGUUGAAAACAAGCAAUCUGACGCAAGACCGAGAAGCCACAAAGUUCACUACCUACAGGACUAAGGACCCGCUGAGCACCCCUGCAUCAUCGGAGAGCACCAUCACUCUGAUGCAAGACCGAGAAGCCGCCGCGUGCACUCACUACAGGGCCAAUGGCCCAGCGAGAGUCCACAUAGUGUCGGACAGCUCCAUCACUUCGACGCAAGACCGAGAAGCCACAACGCACACUACCUAUAGGACUAAUGACCCGGACAGAAUUGCGUGUCUUCGGCCCGCUGGCUUAGCCUCCUUGGCCUAUGCCGGUCCUCGUGCCGCUUCUUCCAAGACUGAAUUUGGAAGUCUCACUCGUGCAGGUGGCAGUCUUGGAAGUAGUUUGAGCGGUGUAGUGGGAUCUAGCAGUGCCCCCGGAGCACUUCCCGGUCUUGGCUUUGGUAGUGGCCCUGCAGGCGUAUUCGCGGCACCCUCGCUUGGUUCACUGGGAUCGGGGUCUCUUGCAGGUUCGCCUGCCUCUUUUGGCGCAGUUUCUGGAAGUCUAGGAGGCUCUAGCGUUUCAGGUCUACCUGGAUCUUUCGGAUCUGGCGUUGGGCAUGUGGGAGGACCUGGCUCAGCAGGCUUUGGCGUUGGUCCGAGCACAGGUUUCCAUGUUCCGUCAAGCCUUGGAGGGUCCGGUAUCGGCCCCAGUUACGGCAGCUUCAAUGGCUUUUUCGGCAAGGGCCUAGGCGGUGCGGGUCUUUACGGUGGUAGUUUCUCUCCAAUCAGCAGCUAUGGCCCUGGUUAUGGUUUCAGCUAUGGACCUGCCUUUGGCCCCUCCUACGCACCUUUCUAUGGCCCGGCCUCCGGACACGUUUAUGGCCCCGGUUCCAGUUUGGGUUCCAGUUACGGCUUUGGCUCUGGUUCUGGCUAUAGCUCUGGCUCUGGCUCCACCUCCAGCUCCAGCUCUGGGUCUGGCUUAGGCGUUGGCUCUGGUUUAAGUUCUGGUUUCAGUUACAGUUUUGGCUCUGGCUUGGGUGGCAGCGCAGCCUCACUGGCCUAUGCUGGCCCCCUUUCCUCUGUUAAGGUGGAUCUUACUAGCAGUGAGAGUGUUGGAGCAGGUGUCAGUGGUGUGGCCGGACCUGGCGUAGUCUCUGGAGCAUUGCCUGGAGUUGGAGUAGCUGGUGGUUCUUCAGGAUUCCCCUCGUUAUCCUCAUCCGGUUCAUCUGUACUAGGACUUCCAAGCGCUUUUCCUGGAAGUUCUAGCUCUUCGUCUUCCGGUAGUUCGGGAUCUCUUGGAGUUAGCGUAGGACCAGCGGGAAGACCUGCCUUCCCUGGCUCUCACGGCUUCGCUCCAGUAGGAGGCUUUUAUGGUCCAGCUGGCUUCGGAGGUUAUGGGGGAUUUUACAAUAGGCCCGCUUUCUACCCUGGAUAUUACGGCUUCGGUGACUCCUUCGGCAACGGCUUCGGUCAUGAAGGCUGUUACUAUGGUGGUUUUCAUUCACACCCCAGCUUUGGCUACGGUUAUGGCUACGGCUCUGGCUUGGGCUUUGGAGGUUUCGGAGGAUACUACGGUGCCCUCUUCGGUGGUUACCAUGGUUUCCCAGGUUCACUCGAACCAUAA